AUGGGACCAGGACCCUUUGCAGAUGGAUUCUGCCCGAUGGAGAAGGAAGACGGCGAUGCUGGUGAAAAUACCUACAUGUACACUAGAUACCUUGGAUGGCGUGGUAUCGGGUUCUCUACGAGAGAAUCAAUGGCUUGGCAAAAGUGUGGUAUGACGGAGGCCGAGAAACAACAGGUAGGUACCUACAUCUCUGGUUACUACUAUAUUCACAUACAGCAGAGCCACAAGGGAUGGAUGCCCAGAAAUCCUGCUCUCAACUCUCCUGCUCUUCUCCUUGGCCGUAUGACAAGAGUUGCCGCCUUGUCUCAGUCUCUUGUCGGUGACACGCAGGAAUGCUAA